AUGGGCAAGCGAAAGAGAAAUGAUGUUCCCAAGGAGGGUAAAUUGGCAGAGGCCCCUUCAAAAACUGCCAAGUCCACCCCUACCCCGUCGGAAACUCCCGAUGCAGCUGUGAUAGUGCAAGUGGUAACUGGCUCCUACGAGAGAGUGCUGCAUGGCUUCACGGCUGGCAUCCCAGCUUCCACUCUGAAUUCAGUUGCUGGUGAGACAAAGCCUGACUUCACUGCUGUCCAAUGUAUCGACAAUUUCUUGUUUGAGGCGCAUGGAUCUGCAAUUCGCUGUCUGGCGCUCUCCCCACUCCCCAAAGCUACCGACUCCCCCGAAGCUCAAAAGGUUAUCCUCGCCAGUGGAAGUACUGAUGAGCGUAUCAACCUGUACUCGAUAUCUGUCGCACCACCUGCCGUGAACGACGAUUAUCCUUCAGUCCCGACGCUGGCCGGGAAUAAGAUUCUCGAGAACCCCAGAAAUCGUGAGCUGGGAUCUUUGUUGCACCACUCCGCCAGCAUCUCGGCCCUGAGUUUUCCCUCGCGCAGCAAGUUGCUUGCAGGUGCAGAAGACAACACCAUCUCUGUGUCUAAAACCCGUGAUUGGUCCGUCGUUUCGACUAUCAAAGCGCCGCGCCCCAAGGUCCAGGGCAGACCCAGCGGUGAUACAGCGCCCCCCGGCGCUGCACCAUCCGGGGUCAAUCAUUUUGCAGUACAUCCCAGCAUGAAGCUUAUGCUAAGUGUAGGCCGGGGCGAGAGAUGUAUGCGGUUGUGGAAUCUGGUGACUGGCAAAAAAGCAGGUGUGCUGAACUUUGGGAAGAAUGUGCUACAAAGUGUCAAGGAAGGCAAAUGGAGCAGCGGAGAAGGACGGCGCAUUGCAUGGAAUCCCGAGGGUGAGGAGUUUGCUGUAGCUUUCGAAUGGGGUGCCGUGGUAUUUGGCAUUUGCAGACUCGUCCCGGGUCCGCGGAGCAAGAUUCACCAGAUGAAAUAUGUUUCUCUGUCUACGGGCGAUGAUCGUCAAGAUGACAUCCUUGCCCUCUCCACAGAGGAUGGCCGAGUCAUCUUUUAUUCGACCAAGACAUUGCAAGAGGUCGAGGAUGAUUCUGAAUCCCCGAUUCCCCAUGCUACCGCUGUCGCCCAGAUUGGUGGUAAACAGGCUGAACUACCCGGGCGCAUCAAGGACUUUGAAAUUCUGAGCCUUGAAGCGCAGGCUAAGGAAUUCCGAGAUCACUUCUUGGCUGUGACUGGCAACAGUGACGGGACAGUUCGCAUCUGGAAGGUUGCCAGGAAAGACAUUGUGCCCACAACACAGGCCACGACUGGGAAGGAGAAGGAGAAGAAAGACUCAAUUUCUCAAAUUGGGAAGAUCUUGACCACUUAUGAGACCGGUAAUCGGAUCACCUGCUUAGCAUCUUUUGUCAUGUCACCGGCAGAGGAUCCGUCCAUGCUUGUGGAUUCCGAGGAGGACGAGGACGAGGGCGAGGAGGAGUCCUCAAGUGAAUCCGAUGCUUGA